AGCAGGACUCCGCCAUCUUCACAGAGAAUAGGAAGGUGAAAAAAGCCAGCAGGUCUUGAUUUAUUUGGCAGAGGGGCGGCAGUCCAUGUCCGUGGUCCUCACGCACCAGAACAAGGAGAGCGUUUGCAGGGAGUUGGACUGACGGAGAAAAGUAGCUGACAUUGCAUGUAAAAAGCGAGUUCUAGUGUCCUGGGAGAAGUGACCAUCGCUCGCCGAAAACCAAAUACUGAGAAGAGAACUGGAUUUUUAAAUUAUUGUUUUAUUAUUAAUAAAUUAUUUCAUUUUUCCUCUCUGUGAAGAAAUUUCAGAUCCGCUUGAUGAGCCAUACAGUUGAGUGGACGGAGAGAGGUACUGAGCAGACAUAAACUGUCAGAGCGCACUGGUCAUCAUAUCUGACACCUCCAAAAAGGCACAGAGACAUUUUUGCUGCUUUCUUCACAACUGUCAUCACCGGGUGUGAAACAUCAAGGAUAUUUUUCCCCUGCCUCUUCGUCCUUGGACAGAUUGCGAUCAUCACACACCUUCACCAAAUGUGUUAUUCACAGAAUUCCUGAGAGCGAAGACUGCGUGUCUGUGUGUGCGCGUGUGUGUCCACGACGCGGGUCGCGGGUCGCAGAAGUGGACAGGAGCGACGAGGCGACGAGACAUUUCAGCUCAUCUGAACUAAGGACACUCACAUCGGUCCGUCUGGCGGUCCAACGCGCAAGCAGUGCCAGUUUCGUGGGGGUCCCGGGAAAAGUUAGAGCGGGCAAGCGAGGACCACGCCGAGGAGAGGAGGCGACCGAUCAUUCCUUGUGCAGGUCACCGGGCGAUGCCAGAGUAGAUGCCAGGGCAAUGUCCCGUCGCAAGCAGGGAAACCCACAGCACUUGUCACAGAGAGAAAUCAUAACUCCGGACCCAGACCAUGCGGAUGCCGGGCUGGACGUUCCUGAGAUGGCGCCCCACUCGCAGCCGCAGCCGCAACCGCAACCGCAGCCUCUACCCCUGCCCCUCCCUCACCACCACCCCCCACACCCCCACCACCAACACCCGCACCCACACCAACACCACCACCACCACCCUCACCCGCACCCUCACCCGCUAGCUCACCUCCACCCUCUAGCUCACCACCACCACCACCACCACGUACAUGCCCACGGUGGCGUUGGCGGUGGCGUUGGCGGCGGGCACCCUCCGCACCACCACCCCAACCACCACCCGGCGGCCCACGCCCCGCACCACCCACUCUCCCACGCCCUGCUGGGCGGAGGGGACCCCGGCCCCAUCGUGGGACCCCUGCCCGCCGGCCUGGGCGACCACGACCUCCUGACGUGCGGCCAGUGCCAGAUGACCUUCCCCCUGGGCGACAUCCUGCUCUUCAUCGAGCACAAGAAGAAGCAGUGCCAGCAAGGCAUUGUGGGUAGCCACGGCUGCCUGGACAAGAUGGCCGACCGCGGUGGUGGUGGUGGACGAGGAACCGGGGCGGCAACCGGAGGCAGAGGCAGCGCCAACAGCAGCACCAAUGGAGGAGGAGGAGGAGGAGGAGGAGGGGGCACUCCGUCGCCAACUCAUGCCCAUGCCCAGGCCCAGAGGGGGGAGCUGCGGAAGGUGGUGGAGCCGGUGGAGGUGGGCAUCCAGGUGACUCCAGAGGAGGAGGACGACAGGCUGCUCACACCCCCCAAAGGGAUUUGCCCCAAGCAGGAGGCAACGGGCGGACAGGCAGGCAGAGACGAGCCGUCGAACUACGUCUGCACGACUUGCAAGCAGCCCUUCAGCAGCGCCUGGUUCCUGCUGCAGCACGCCCAGAACACGCACGGCAUCCGCAUCUACCUGGAGAGCAACACCAACAACGCCACUGCGCUGACCCCGCGCAUCACCAUCCCGCCGCCCAUGGGCGCCGUCGACUCCAUACCCCAGUCCCCACUCACCAACUUCCUGGGCGAGAACAACCCCUUCCACCUGCUCCGCAUGACGGGCCCCUUGCUUCGGGAGCCGCCUCCGGGUUUCGUGGAGAACCGCCUCCCGCCGGGCACCCCGCCGUUCGUCAGCCCGCCUCCCCGCCACCCCCACCUGGACCCCCAUCGGUUGGAGCGCCUUAGUGCCGAGGAGAUGGGCCUGAUCUCCCAGCACCCCAGUGCCUUUGAGAGGGUGAUGCGCCUCAACCCCAUGGCGCUCGAGUCCCAGUCCAUGGACUUCUCGCGCCGCCUCCGGGAGCUGGCGGGCAACAACAACACCACUGUCAACAGCAACAACAACAACAACGCCACCCCGCCGCUGUCCCCGAGCCGCGCCAACCCUAUGCACCGCCUGCUCAACCCCAACCCCUUCCAGACCGGCCCCAAAUCGCCGUUCCUCAGCACGCCGCCACUGCCCCCCAUGCCCCCCAACAGCACCACGCCGCCCCAGACCCAGUCGGCCAAGUCCAAGUCCUGCGAGUUCUGCGGCAAGACCUUCAAGUUCCAGAGCAACUUGAUCGUGCACCGCCGCAGCCACACGGGCGAGAAGCCGUACAAGUGCCAGCUGUGCGACCACGCCUGCUCCCAGGCCAGCAAGCUGAAGCGCCACAUGAAGACCCACAUGCACAAGUCCGGCUCCAUGACGGGGCGCUCCGACGACGGGCUCAGCUCCAGCGGCUCGCCCGAGCCGGGCACGAGCGACGUGACGGGCGAGGGCAUGAAGAACCGCGACGGCGACUUCAGCGGCGAGGGCGGCGAGAACGAGGAAGAGGAGGAGGAGGAGGAGGAGGAGGAGGAGGAGCUGGAGAAUGAGAGCAGGCCCGAGUCCAACUUCAGCAUGGACUCGCAGUUCUGCCGGAACCGACAGAACGGCUCCAAGCCGCCGUCGGAAGAGAAGGACUUGUCUGUGGGCAAGAUGAUCGAGAACGCCGCCCUCAACUCCAUCCAGCAGUACAAUAACUUGAUAGUCGACAAUCGCAAAAGACUGCCUUUCUCCAAGAGGUGCUCCGAUGGCCAGCGGGACACGGGAGACGAGGACUCGGUGGUGGGCGACAUGGACCACGAACGUGUCGUCGAGCGGGCCACGGUGAACGGCAGGAACUGCGGCUCCGGCGACUCUUUCCCGGGCCUGUUCCCGCGGAAACCCACGCCCAUCACCAGCCCCAGCCUGUCCAACUCCUCCAAGAGGAUCAAAAUCGAGAAGGACCUGGAUAUCCCGCCUGCGCCCCUCAUCCCGUCCGAGAACGUCUACUCCCAGUGGCUGGUGGGCUACGCGGCGUCGCGACACUUCCUCAAGGACCCUUUCCUGGGCUUCACCGACUCCAGACAAUCUCCCUUCGCCACCUCGUCCGAGCACUCGUCCGAGAACGGCAGCCUGCGCUUCUCCACGCCGCCAGGAGACAUCCUGGACGGCGGGCUCUCGGGACGCAGCGGCACGGCCAGCGGCGGCAGCACCCCUCACCUGGGCAGUGCCGGGCGACCCAGCUCCAAGGAGAGCCGGCGCAGCGACACAUGCGAGUACUGCGGCAAGGUGUUCAAGAACUGCAGCAACCUGACGGUGCACCGGCGCAGCCACACGGGCGAGCGGCCCUACAAGUGCGAGCUGUGCAACUACGCGUGCGCACAGAGCAGCAAGCUCACGCGACACAUGAAGACGCACGGCCAGCUCGGUAAGGAAGUGUACCGCUGUGACAUUUGCCAAAUGCCCUUCAGCGUCUAUAGCACCCUGGAGAAACACAUGAAAAAGUGGCACGGGGAACACUUGAUGACAAAUGAGGUGAAAAUCGAACAAGCAGAGAGAAGCUAAGCUAGGCUCUUUUGCUUUCUCUCUCUCCCCUUAUCCCCCUUUUAGCCUCUUGAAUAACAGACAGACAGAGAGACAAACAAACAAACAAACAAACAAACAAACAAACAAUCAAAACACACAGGGGUAUCUGGGUGCUCUUGGUUCACAGAGUAAUGAUUUUAGGUUAUUUUAUGUUUUGCCUAAGAAACUGCCAUCUGAGAAAAGAAAAAAAAACACAAAAAGCAGGAAGUUCAACUAUGUCGGUGUAAAACUGCCUAAAUUGGCGUUUUGAUUUUUACAGUCUAUCAGCGGUUGAAUUAAAUAUACGUGGAGCCUUUAACUGUGCAAUAAUUUCUGUAUUUAUUGGAUUUUGUAAUGGUUUGGCAUGUGCAGGUUCAUUUUUAUUUGAUCAUUAUUUCCUUUUUUGUUCUACUAUUAUGCUGGGAAUUUCUUUUAUAAACCCAGAAGACAUCCUGAGAUUUUCUUCUUUUUGCAGAGCAGAAAACCAUUUGAAUAAUUUUUAGGCCACUGCUUUUACUGAAGUGUGUAUUUAAGUUACAUGUGUAAUUUCUUGAGGAGAAGCCGAAUUCAAUCUUCAAUUUAAAAAAGCCUAACUGAUUUUUUAUAUGAAUUUAAAAAAAACAAAAACUUAGUGUUUUGUUUAUUAGAGACAGUAGGUAAUGAGCGGACAACAAUCUUUUUUGCCAUAGGAACAUAAACAGAUUUUAAACAUGUCAAUCUAAUUGAAGAGUGUAGCACUGAAUGUCACUCCCUGACAGUAAAUCUUGACACGGAUCCCGGUUCCUUCUUAAAAAUCUGCUUCCUCCAGAGUCUAUAAAUCACGAAAGAAAAAGACCAUAAAAACGGAUGAUCCCGCCCGGCAGCUGCUUCUUGGCACCUAGUGCCGCCCUACUUAACGCUACUAACACCACCCUUUCCUCCUGUCCUCAGCCACAUCACCGGUAGCAUUCCAAGUGUUUACAUUAAAAGCAAAAAAAUGUUGUAAUAAUUACAUUACAUUGCACUUAGCUGACCCUUUCAUUUAUUCAAAGCGACUUACAACUAUUAUUUUUCAGGGUAUUGGUUACAGUCCCUGGAACAAUGUGGGGUUAGGUGCCUUGCUCAAGGGCAAUUCAGCCAUGGAUGUAGAUGUAGGGAGAGGUCAGGGGGGAUUCGAAUCGGCAACCCCUAGAUCGAAAGACCAACUCUCUAACCACUAGGCCACAACUGCCCCAAUAAUAAUAAUAAUUAAUAAUAAUUCAUAAUAAUUGAUCAAAUUAAAUUAGCUGUGCUUUUUAAAAGCCCAUCCAUUUCACAUCACAUAUAUAUACAUUAUCGACCAAUGCCAGUACUGUAGUAGUGUAUUUAUUAUCAUUGUGUGCAUUCCGCAGACUAGCCCGUUGUUUUGGGGGAUAAACUAAAACACCAGUGCACAUGCUGAAAACAGCUCAGGGGGAACUGUGUGUCCUGCCUUCUAUAUCUAUCUGCCCCAGUCAUCUGCUAACGUUGCUCCCACAUGCUAAUCUGUGUCGUAGACGACAAUUCUGGGCCAAAAUCAACUAUUUACAGUAAAAAUACAUGAAGGCGUGACCUGUUCAGACCACAGCAUUGGCAGCAGUGGUCAUGCUGUACCCAUCAUGCCUUGCAGCAAAUCAGUACCACUGACCACGCUAUCCUACCUGGACAGCUUGAUGUCACCUGCUGUCUUUUGCAUGUUCAGAUUUUUACCCCCUAUAAGUGCUACGUACAUGUGUUCAAAUGUGCAUUGAUAAGUUGAAGAGUGGUGAGUGGUCUGGGUGUUUUAUUUAGCCAUAGUGGAAAAGGCCACUUUAACCAGAUAGGAACAAACACACAGAACAAAAUACAAUACAUUUAAAAUCUGAAUUGUCAUCAGAACUCAAAUCAUGUACGGCAUCCACCGAUGUUUUGGAAGAUCACUUGAAAUAGCCCUAUGCAUAUCGAAAUAUAUUUAUCAAUCAUUUUGAAAAUGAAUUUAUACUCUAUAGUGUAAGUUAUUGUAAAGUUUACAAUUGUCGGAAAAAUGUUUAUACGUACUGAUGAUUUUAUCUGGUUAACUUGGUUAUUUGCCCAGUAAAACAAGUCAUUGGCAAAUUCCAUAGAAACAAGUAGACGCCUGACUUGCACAGAAAGUGUGCAUAGCAAGUGUGUGCAAAAAUGCUGUUGAGCAUGUUCCUAAACAGUAAGACUAUUUUUUUCUUUCUGUCUUUCUUUCUGUCUUUCUUUCCCUCUUUCCUCCCAUUCAGGGCUUCCUGUGAUGUGUAGUUGAACGAACGCGCACUAAGAAGUAGCCACUCUGUCGCGUAGCGAUCGCACAGCUGACCAUUCUGAGCAUGUUAGAGAGAGAGGGAGAGAGGGAGAGAACACGAGGCACAUGUCAUGUAUGUUGUCUGGGGUCUUCACUAGGCACUGACCUCGCCUAUGCCACAGCUGUGUUACAUGCGGUCAUGAUCCCCCCAACCCUCCUCCUUCACGAACUGUAG